CAAAGCCACGACAACUAGCUAGCCUUGCCGGCCAUGGGAGCACAAGACGACCACUACUACUCGACGGUGCCGUUGGCCGCCGCCGCGGCCGGCCUCGCGCUGCUGGCGUUCUGCUCCUACUACCUGCUCGUCGCCGGCCGCCGCGGGCAGCAGCGCGGCGGCGGCAGCAAACCGACGAAGCGGUACCCGCCGGUUGUGGGCACGGUGUUCCACCAGCUCUACCACGUCCGGCGGCUGCAUGACUACCACACGGACCUGUUCCGGAAGCGCAAGACCUUCCAGCUGCUGGCGCCGGCCGGCCGGCGGCAGAUCUACACGUGCGACCCGGCCGUGGUGGAGCACAUCCUCCGGACCAACUUCGCCAACUACGGCAAGGGCGCGUUCAACUACGAGAAUAUGACCGACCUGCUCGGCGACGGCAUCUUCGCCGUGGACGGCGACAAGUGGAAGCAGCAGCGCAAGAUCGCCAGCUACGACUUCUCCACGCGGGCGCUCCGCGACUUCAGCGGCUCCGUCUUCAAGAGGAACGCCGCCAAGCUCGCCAGCAUCGUCGCCGGCAGCGCGGCGUCCGGGCAGUCCAUGGACUUCCAGGGCCUAGCGCUCAGGGCGACCAUGGACUCCAUCUUCACCAUCGCCUUCGGCCUGGACCUUGACACCCUGGGCGGCUCGGGGGACGGCACCCGCUUCGCGGCGGCGUUCGACGACGCCAGCGAGUUCACGCUGCUCCGCUACGUCAACGCGUUCUGGAAAGCGCUGAGGUUCCUCAACGUCGGCUCCGAGGCGGCGCUCAAGGACAGGGUCAAGGUCGUCGACGAGUUCGUGUACAAGCGCAUCCGCGACAGGGCUCGGGAGCUCGCGGACAGCAAGGAACAGGACCCUGUAACUGAUUCGAGGCAAGAAGACAUGCUGUCCAGAUUCAUCCAAACGGCCACGAGCGAGUCCGGGACGGUGGACUACAAGUACCUGAGAGACAUCAUACUGAACAUAGUCAUCGCCGGCAAGGACACGACGGCGGGGGCGCUCGCGUGGUUCCUCUACAUGGCGUGCAAGCACCCGGAAGUCCAGGAGAAGGUCUGCGAAGAAGCCAGAAAGGCUACCAACGCCAGCGAGACGGCAACGGUCGACGAGUUCGCGCAGAGCCUGACCGACGAGGCCCUGAACAACAUGCACUACCUGCACGCCGCCCUGACGGAGACGCUCAGGCUGUACCCAUCGGUUCCUCUGGAUAACAAGCAGUGCUUCGGAGACGAUGUCCUUCCCGACGGCUCUAGCGUGAGCAAGGGCGACAUCGUGUUCUACGUCCCGUACGCCAUGGGCCGGAUGGAGUACCUGUGGGGCGAGGACGCCGGGGUCUUCCGGCCGGAGCGGUGGCUCGACGACAGCGGCGAGUUCCAGCAGCAGAGCCCGUUCAAGUUCACGGCGUUCCAGGCCGGCCCGAGGAUAUGCCUGGGGAAGGAGUUCGCGUACAGGCAGAUGAAGAUCUUCGCGGCCGUGCUCCUCCGCUCCUUCGCGUUCCGCCUGCGCGACGGCGACAAGGCCACCGUCAACUACCGGACCAUGAUCACGCUUCACAUCGACCAGGGUCUCCAUCUGACGGCGACGGCGAGGUAGAUGAAGCUAGCAGCGCGCCGGCCGGCCUGGGGCACGUAGCGGCAGCUGGCGCCCUACAGCUCCGCGAGCGACGGGACCUUGAAUUCACAUGCAUGGGAAUAUGGGAUGGAACGAGCAGUGGUGGUAUGCAACCACUCGUGUACCGCGUGUCCGCGUCUGGUUGAGAGGAAUAACAUGGCCUGGAAUAAGUUGCGCCGCGGCUGAUUGAAAUCUCAGGGUAGCUCGCAGUCAGUGUCGCCGCCGUGGUGUAGCUGUAGGCCGGCGUUCCGCGCCAUGCGCCCAUGUCUGAAAAUAUCGGACACUUGUCACCGUGGAUCCCGGUUGUUCGCCGUCCUUCAUCA